CACGCCGAUCGAUCUGCUGCACUGCGACGCUGCCCGCCUGCCCGCCUGGCCUGGACCGAACCUGUGCCCCCAGCGGAGGGUAACGAGCCCUGCUCUGAUAAACGCGAAAGUCCCCGCGCGGCUCCCUGCAGGUCUCCCUGACCUGACCUGACCUGACUUGGCCAUUUGUCCUCGAGGCACCAUGUACGGCUGAGGGUGUUAUUUCUGGGCGUUCGCUCGCGGGCUGGCUGGCUUGCUUGCUCGCUUGCUCAUCCAUCCUCCCAUCGCAGCUGUAUCUGCACCGACAGCAACACCAGUAUCCACACCAUCACCGGUUACCAUACUGCCAUCAGUAGUGUGGCCAGUAUCAGAUCAGAUCAGCACAGCACAGCACAGCAAAAUGGGCACCGUAAGUCCCGGCGGUCUCAAACUGAUGAUCUGGAUGAUUGUCUUUACGGUCCUCACGACAGUGGUUCUGGGGCUGCGGCUGUGGGCAAUUCGUGUGAAGAGGCGGGCGUUUAAACUCCAUGAUUAUCUGAUUUUGCUGGCUUAUACAAGCACCUGCUGCAUGUCUGCCCUAACAUGGUGGGCCAUCGCCAACGGGCUAGGCGCGCACACCUCCGAGCUCACUACCUAUGAGCUCGGGGUGCAAUACCAGUUAAUCGUCGGCAGCAGCAUGACCUGGCUCGUCGGCACAGUGAGCUGCAAACUCUCCAUGAUCGCGCUCUACUGGACGCUCUUCCCGUCACAGCGCUUCACCUACGCCAUCUGGGCGAUGACCGCCAUCGUGAUCAGCUACUUCAUCGCCUUCGUCUGUCUGUUCCUGACGCAGUGCCACCCCAUCUCGUACGGGUGGCACCCGGUCCCCGGCGGGAAGUGUCGCUCGCUGUUCAUCCAGGAGAUCCUCUCCAUCAGUCUGAAUAUGUUUAUUGAUACGGCCAUCGCCGUGUUACCCAUCCCGGCACUGUGGAGAUUAAAGAUGUCUGUGAGGAAUAAACUGACAAUUAGUGUCAUGUUUGCGAUGGGGUUGGUAGUCGUAGCAAUAAUGGCCUACCGUCUCGAGAUCACCCUCGACCCAAGCACAAACCUCGACUUCGUCCACGGCUUGUACCUCGUCGGCCUGGUCAGUUUCCUUGAGCUCUGGCUGAGCAUGAUCGUCGUGAGUCUGCCGACUCUGGCGCCGCUGUUCCGGCUGUACGUCGAGCCGUGCUUGGGGAGGUAUUUGUCGGGGAGUGGGGGGAGUGGGAAUCGGAAUAGAAAUAGGAAUGGGAAUGGGAAUCAGCCGGGACGGUUGCGCGAGGCGUUGCAUACUAUUGGGAGUGAGCCGUCGAGUCGGAGGAAGGGUGUUGGGAAGGAUAGUAUACUCUUUCACGACGAUACCGAUGCCGAUGCCGAUACCCUCCUCUCAAACCUAACCCUCAGCAUUCCCGGAUUCGAAGUAAACUGAUCCGUCAUCUCCCCCAUCACCGCCUCCCCCGUGUCCCUUGGUGCCAGGCGUACGUGGUAUUUACUCACCAGUCGGGCCGUGACGAGCCGCAUGUCGUCCAUCGCGAGGAAGCGGCCGAGGCAGCUGUGGUGGCCUGCAGACACGCAUCAGUAUUGAGUGUCGAGAGGCAAGAAGUGAGAGUUCUGGGGAGCAGAGAUAGAUACAUAGAUCAGAUUGGGAAAGCAUCAAGGAAAUAUAAAUGGAACAGAGGAAGAGAAAGAAAGCCAAGGACCGGAACGGUUGAAGGAUGGAAAAGGAGGGAUUGAAGGAAUAGAGAGGGCUAGCUAGAUACCAGUCCCAAAAGGCGCAUACG